UUAAAAUAGACUUCUAAAAUAUUGUUUUCGAAAAUAUGAAAUAAAUAAAUUUCGUUCAAAAUUUUUAUACAGGCAUAUCUGUCGGCAGAGCGGUCCUGUACCACGCUGGUAAUACCAGAAAUAUGUUGACCGUCCUCUACUGUGGUUUGUUGUGUGAGCUAAAUAUUUCGCGCAGUUUAACAGUAUGGAGCGGUAAUAACUUCUAGAAAGGUCCAGAGAACCUACCGGGGCUAGGUUACAUAUCCGCCCGCAGUAAUGUCAGCGAAUCGCACCGUGUACUUUGUGUUUUCUCGGCUUCAACGCCACUUCAACACCCGGACUGCUCACACCACCGCAGGCGGCUGCAGGGUGAUUUCUGGUUCUAGGUUGUUGCUCCAGCAUCCUCUGCCUGGUUCCGCGGUUUGCUGCAGAAAUGUUUCCUCUAAAAGCGUCCCCCCCAAGGCUCCGGACACCUCGUUGUUUGUCCCCGUCUCGCUGAAGACAGACGACCCGGCUGAUGGGACCGUGGGAGCAGAACUGACGCAACCGCUGGACAAAAAUGAGCUGCUGAAAGUCUUGAACAAGUUUUACAAAAGAAAAGAGAUGCAGAAGUUGGCAGCAGACCACGGCCUGGAUGCUCGUCUGUUCCACCAAGCCUUCGUCAGCUUCAGGAAGUACGUUCUGGAGAUGACGUCCCUCCCUGCCGAUCUGCACAUCAUCCUCAGUGACAUCUGCUGCAACGCAGGUCAUAUCGAUGACAUCUACCCGUACUUCAUGCGUCAUGCUAAACAAAUCUUCCCCAUGCUGGACUGCAUGGAUGACCUGAGAAAGAUAUCCGACCUCAGAGUCCCACCAAACUGGUACCCUGAGGCCCGAGCCAUCCAGAGGAAGGUGAUCUUUCACUCUGGACCCACUAACAGCGGGAAAACCUACCAUGCCAUCCAGCGCUACCUGGCGGCUAAGUCUGGGGUCUACUGCGGUCCCCUGAAACUUCUCGCCCACGAAAUCUUUGAGAAGAGCAACGCCGCUGGUGUACCGUGUGACCUGGUUACCGGGGAGGAGCGGACCUUCGUAGACCCAGAGGGCCGAGCAGCCGGACACGUGGCAUGCACCAUUGAGAUGUGCAGCGUCAACACACCCUAUGAGGUGGCUGUAAUCGAUGAAAUCCAGAUGAUCAGAGAUCCCUCCAGAGGCUGGGCGUGGACCAGAGCUCUACUCGGUUUGUGUGCCGAGGAGAUCCACGUGUGUGGAGAAGCAGCAGCUGUGGACUUCAUCCAGGAGCUGAUGUACACCACCGGAGAGGAGGUGGAGGUCCACACCUACAAACGCCUGACUCCGUUCUCGGUCCUGGAUCACGCUGUGGAGACGUUGGACAACCUGAGACCAGGAGACUGCAUCGUGUGCUUCAGUAAAAACGACAUCUACUCUUUAAACCGACAGAUCGAGGCCAGAGGGCAAGAAUGUGCCGUAAUUUAUGGUAGUUUACCUCCAGGCACUAAACUGUCGCAGGCCAAGAAGUUCAAUGACCCUGACGACCCCUGUAAGAUCCUGGUUGCUACGGAUGCUAUCGGCAUGGGCCUCAACCUGAGUAUAAAACGUAUCAUCUUCAACUCCCUGGUGAAGCCCAACAUUAAUGAGAAAGGAGAGAAGCAGAUGGAGACCAUCAGCACAUCGCAGGCGCUGCAGAUUGCAGGUCGAGCAGGGAGAUUUUCCUCCGUUUUUAAAGAGGGAGAGGUCACGACCAUGCACCGAGACGACCUGCCUGUGCUGAAGGAAAUCCUGAGCCAUUCUGUUGAUCCUGUAGAGACUGCAGGUCUCCAUCCCACUGCAGAGCAGAUAGAAAUGUUUGCCUAUCAGCUCCCCGACGCUACGCUCUCCAACCUUGUAGACAUAUUCGUCAGCCUCUCUCAGGUGGACGGUCUGUAUUUCGUCUGCAACAUCGACGACUUCAAGUUUCUGGCUGACAUGAUUCAACAUAUUCCACUCAACCUGAGGUCGCGCUACGUCUUCUGUACAGCGCCCAUUAAUAAAAAGCAGCCUUUUGUCUGCACCUCCUUCCUAAAGUUUGCGCGACAGUUCAGUCGAGACGAGCCUCUGACAUUUAACUGGGUCUGCCGCCACAUCGGCUGGCCCCUGGCUGCACCCAGAAACAUCAAGGACCUGGUCCACCUGGAAGCCGUGCAUGACGUUCUGGAUCUGUACCUCUGGUUAAGCUACCGUUUCAUGGAUAUGUUUCCGGACACGGCCGCCGUCCGAGGAAUCCAGCAGGAACUCGACAACAUCAUCCAGCAGGGCGUCCGAAACAUCACCCGUCUGAUCCGAGCCAGUGACCCGAACCUCAGCGACCCGCUGCAGCCGCAGGGCCAGCCGCCGGAGCAAAACGCUGCAGCUGCUGCCGGCAGCAGAAGCAGGAGCCGAGGUCAGAGGGGCUCGGCAGAGACAACGGAGAAAUCUCUGGCGAGCCGCCUGGUGAAAGAUGGACUGCUGACUCCGGAUCUGCUCAAACAGCUGCAGAGGGAGUGGUCCAAGAGCCUGAGGCAGGAAGGCGAGGGUCAAAGUUUAUUCAGUGCAGAGCUUAAUAACAAGAGCAUCAAAGGAAAAAGAAAGAACAAGAAAUAAAAGACUCAGAACUGUUAAAAGUUAGCGGAUGCUAAUCAUGAAUUACUGCUAAUGGAGAUGAAAAUAUGGCAGUUCCAAAAUACCUGAGAAACCAGA